CAGGUCAGUGCCGCCCACACGAAAUACCUGAGCAGAACCGCGGCGAGCCCAUCAAAAUGGCGAUCCAGUGGACGCAGGCAGGGCGCCACCAGGUGUACAGUAGAGGUGCCGUCGCCAUGUGGUCAUCGUCUUGUCCAGCGCAAUGGGGCGGGCCUCAGCACAGAGACUUUAGGACGGAAGCCCCAGCAUGCCGCUGUGUCGGACCAUGCGGGUGCUCUUCCUAGGCUUGGCCUUCGCAAUACAAGGCACGGAGUCGUCCCUCACCGAUGCGAGGGGGCUGCAGUUCGUGGACCAGGAGGCCUUCUGCGCCUACCACUGCAGCGCAUCGCACGUGGCGCAGGCUUAUCGCCACUUGAGCGAGACGUCCGAGUGUUUAGAGGCCAAUUGUGGCCGAUUCCUAGCAGAAACUACACAAACCAGAACGCGGCGGAGACUGCGCCCGGCGUUCACGUUCACAGACAGCAACGCCACCAACCAGUCGUCUGUGGUGGGGGACGUUCACGCAGCGAGCGAAGACGGCAAGGACGUGACCAUUAUCAGCGUUGUAUCGUGCGCCAGCGUGACGGAUGUGACACUCUCGAUCGGAGACCCGGAGACCGACGCGUUUGCCAACUUUUACCAGGCGUUUAGCUCCGCAUAUGACGCCAUGUUGUCCGGAGACAACGCGACGUACGAUGCGUGUCAACUGCAGUUCCUGCAGAAGGAGCUGCUGGCCAAUUACUCGACCGAACUGGACGACGAACCGGACGAAAUGGAGAUCAAACCGACGCUAGUCAAGCUGAACUCAACCAGCGACGAACUGAAAUGUUUAGCGAAAAUUAAGAAAAUCUGGCCCGCUACAAGCGAGAGCCACACUCCAUUCUUGACUAGAAGCGACCAGGACGAUGCAGCGGCGACAGUUAUGCUGGUACACGUGAGCGCGUCUGUAGGGGACGAUAUCCUGGCUCUGGAAUGUGUGGAGAGCGUGACAGUUCUCCCGGCCAUUUUGAAGCUCAUGCCGUUCGCCAAGAGCUCGUACGCUUUAUCAAGGAGUUCGAGCGAGAAGAAAGAGGGGCCAGCACUGGAGAUCCGACUGGCUAAAGUGGUGAACACUGCACAGAUACUCAAGAAACUAUCGGCGUAUGUUACCAAAGCGACGGGUAUUAAGAACUUGAUUGCGAUGCAGAGCUCCACGGCGGAGACAGGUGGAGUGUUGCUACAGGCUGCAGUGGACGACUACGACACGUGGACUCAAGCGCUGGCUAUUGUACUGGAUGACGAGGCUGUAGAGUGGGUGGAUCUGCAACAGGUUGUCAAGACUGGCGCGCUGCAAGAGCUCAAGACGCCGGCUCUAGAGCAGCGACUGCUACGUCAGAGGUUCGUUGAGGAGCUGGAGAUGGCAGAGACGCACACCAGUCGACGCCUUGACGACUAUGUGCAGGACCUCGUGGGUGUGAACAUUAUGCAGGAGCACAACAUCACUGGCAGCUCCAUCAUCGUAGGGAUCACAGACACGGGACUGUACAUCGACCACGACCAGUUCGACCAGGAGUCGAGGAAUAUGUACGACGACGAGGACUUGACGGCACGUAAAGUGAUUUACUACCAGACGUUUGCGAACGAUGUGGACGAAGCUGAAGGAGUGACGUGCGGCCACGGUACGCACGUGUCUGGUGUUCUGGCUGGAAGUUCGUACAGCCGAAAGAACAGCGACCUCGGUAUUGCGUCCAGCGCACGGAUCGCCUUCAUGGAUAUCGGUAAACAGGCAUCGACGUGUGCGGGAACCAGCGGCUGUGAUGUGUCAUUGGAGACACCGGGGGAAGUGACGAACCUCAUGAAGGCGCAAGUGGCGACAGGUGCCAAGAUCUUCUCCUUCUCGUGGGGCACAGGCGCCAAUGACUACAACACGCAGACGCAGCAGGUGGACGAAUACAUUUACGACAACCCCGAGAUUCUCAUCAUCGUAGCAGCAGGAAACAGUGGAGAGACUGGCGACUACACGAUCAGUAGUCCGUCCGGCGCCAAGAACGUCAUCUCCGUUGGCGCUAGUCUUAACGCGGCCGCUUCGUUCUCAUCUACGCCGUGUCAGUCGGUUCUUAACGAGAACACAGUGGCGUCCUUCUCUUCGAUCGGCCCUACUCUGGACGGACGGCAGAAGCCGGACCUGAUUGCGCCUGGCAUGUCCAUUACCUCGUCUCAGUCGGAGAAACCUGGUUCAACCAUGAAAUCUUCGGCCGUGUGCUCGUUACAGGGAACAUCUCAGGCCACGCCAGUGAUCGCCGGUAUGGCUGUGCUAAUCUACGAAUGGCUACGUGAUGGCUGGUGGAAGAACGGCGUGGCGGACCCCACGUACGGCAUGGACACGAUCCCGGCGUCUUUGAUUAAGGCGCUGCUGCUACACAGUGGUGAAGCCAUGUCUCGGCGUCUCAUUGAGCCCAGCACUGGCGUCACGUCUUGUGUGGCACUGGAAGCCGCCGCGAAAACGCUCACGUCGUACCCGGACUUCAACCAGGGGUACGGGAAACCCACGAUGCUCAACUUGGUGUCGUUCAUGGGCGGCAACAACGCGUCGUCUUCUUCGUCGACCAGUAGUAAUACUAUCUACUUCUUCCCCAACUCGUCGUCUGGAUCGGAGCCCAGUGUGACCGAAGGCAGUGAGGUGACGUUCCACUUCAUGUUGACAGCCAGUGUGAACCUCCGAGUGACGGUCGUGUGGACGGAUCCGCCUGGAUCUGUGGGCAGCAAGGCGACGCUGCAGAACGAUCUGGAUCUGACGCUUAAAGUGGCCAACACGUCUGCAGUCUUCUAUCCUCUGUCCGGGAACGGGUCCCGUGACUCGGUCAACAACGUGGAGAUGGUCGAAGUUUCCUACGACGACGUGUUGGACGCCGUGACGGAGGCGGGGAUGGUGGUGGAAGAUGGAUACAUCUACGUUCAAGCCGUGGUGAGUGGCCACAGUGUAAAGGCUGGAGAGAACGCGACGACUACCGGUCAGAAGUUCUCGAUUGUUGCGUCGUCCACCCCGUCGUCCACGUCCAUGACGUCGGCUGGGGACGGCGACUCGGCCUUCUGGCAGCCGUGGAUGACGAUCGGUGCCAUCGUUGUAUGUACGCUGGCUCUACUCUUCGUCAUCGCAUUGGUGUGGCGUAUGCGCGUGACCAUGAAGGCCGACAACCUCAAGGCGGAUCACGGUACUCCCUCCGCUGAUGCUGCGCUCACGGGCGCGGCCGGAAGGAGGAAACUCAGCCGUCGGGAGCGCAAGAGAGCCAACGAGGAACGCACCAGUGUACCGCACAUUCACCCCAACUACCGCAACGUGAAUGCAGGAGGUAGUCUGCGUCCUGCUCUAGAGGAACCGAUGGCCAUGGGUAGUCGACGUGCAUAUGAUCACGAACCCAGUCGACGCGCCUUCGACCCGUCCGCCGCCGGUGUACACGAACCCAGUAAACGUACUUUUGACCCGUCCGCAGCUGCUGUACGUGAGCCCAGUCGUCGUGCUGCAGUCCCCUUGGAGCCGCCUCAGCCUACUUCAGCGCGUAAAACUAGUCGUCGUGCUGCCGCUGCGCUAGCGGAGCCUCGUCCUCCGAGCAAACGCCGUGACGGUAGCGACCGUGGACAGGAACGCAAGCACAGUGACGGUAGCGACAGAGGACGCGUGCGUAGCGAGCGGAGACGGGAACGAGAACGCAGCGACCGCAGUGAUGGAAGCGACCGGGGCCGUGUACGUAGUGAGCGAAGACGGGAGCGAGAGCGAAGUGACCGCAGUGAGCGACCGGGUAGCGAUCGGGGACGCGAACGCAGCGCCAGGAAGCACGAGCCUGCUAAAGCACAUUCAUCGCGGCGUAACAAGCCCCCGAUCAUUCUGUACGAGUGAGCUGGAGAUCAUGUGGAUAGUGUGAGGUCAAUGUAAGAGGAGACGUUGUGCCGUACAUCGGCGCGUGAUAGAAGCCCGCCGCGCCUAACUCAGUGAAUUAUGGUAAUUUUGUCAACGUAAAAAUUUGUUCUUAGAUUUGGCUAUUCCAA